AUGACGUCUCUGAAGCUUGAUGAGAGGUUAUGGUGCACAUAUUUCCCGACGACUCUCAAUGGCAACGCAGACACAUGGUUUAAGACGUUGCAUCCAGGCAGCAUCUCCAAUUUCGCUCAACUUAAAUACUUAUUCCUUACCAACUUCAUGCAGCUACGAAAGUACAAAGGAGAUUCUCAUUCCAUAAUAGGCUGCAAGAAAAAGGAGGGUGAAACUGUACGAGAGUAUUUCACCAGGUUCAUAAACGCCACGUUAGACGUGUCGGGACACGACGAGGGACUCAUAGCUGGCGCUUUCAGAUGGGGACUUUUACCAAGCCCUUUGUCACAAAAGCUCAUGGGUAAGAAACCCCAAACGAGGGCUAAGUUAAAGGAGAGGGUAGAACGAUAUCUGAGGAAGAAAGAAGGCGAAGCAGCAAAAGAGGCAUACCUAAAUGCUAUGAUGACCAAACGCCACAAUCCAAGCCACACGGACUUUCGAGAGGGAGGCAGGCACUUUGGCCAGGUAAGGAGGCCCCAUGUGAGGUUUCGGCCAUUCGAUAGAGACGACAGACGGAGUCGUCGACCGGAGGUGUACACAGUAUCAGAAAAACAACAACCAACCAAGUCACCCAAGAGCCGGUAUUGCGAAUACCACGAAAGCAAGACACACGACACUGCUAGUUGUUCGGUACUCAAGAAGGAAAUGGAAGAAAAGCAGCUCAAAGGAGACUUGGUGAAAAUAGCACGGAGCCUGCGCGCCAAAUUUGACGCUGAAAACGCCAAGAACGCACCUCGAGAAGGAGUUCAACCCAAGGAAAUAUUCAUGAUACGUAACAAAAGAAGUAGGGAGGCACAAUCGCCAAACCGAUGGGUCCCCGGGCCCUUGGCGCGAACGCUCACGUUCUCUACGCAAGACCCCCGUCCGGAAGGAUGGAGAGGUGAUAACCCAUUGGUAAUCCAGGCCUCCAUCAAGGAUGUAACCAUACACAGAGUCUACGUCGACACAGGGAGUUCGGCAUACAUAAUCUAUGAGCACUGUUUUCAGUUUCUCCCAGAUCGUUAG